CUCUUUUCCCCCGCGCGCUUCCCGCUGCGCCCCCGCUCCCUGCGCCCGCUGACGCGGCCCGGCUGGGUCCAGCGCUGCCCACCCGAGGGAGCCCGCGCACCACGCCUGCCCGACCCUCUGUCCAUCACACAAGCUGGGCACCUGUACCAGGAGCCCACUGAAUCCACUAAUUACAGAACUGAAAGAUAAACAUCAUGAGUAUUUCUUCGUUAGGAGGUAUUGGGAAAGGGAAACCUGUACCAUCUGGUGAAGAGGAGCGCAAUAAUAUCCUAAAACAGAUGAAAGUACGGACUACACUGAAGGGUGACCAGAGCUGGAUCACCAAGCAUGAUGACUCUGAGGACCAUACCAUAGAGCCACUCUCAAGUCAAAACCGAGCUACAUCCUUCUCAUCUGUCAGAGACGAAUCAAAUGUCAGGUCUCCAAACACAAGGGCUCCAGCUGGUUAUAUCAUCCGGGGAGUGUUCACCCGAACAAUAGAUAGCUCUUCUCACUCCCAGCAUCGUCCCUCUAAGACCAACGGAGCUCCAAGAAGUGCUUCUGGGCAGCUGGGAGCAGCUAAUUCUGGUCGUCCUCUUCAGUCGUCUGGCUAUAAGAUGACUACGGAAGAUUAUAAGAAGCUAGCACCAUACAACGUCAGGCGCAGCUCCAUAUCAGGGACUGAGGAAGAGGAGGUGCCAUUCACCCCAGAUGAGCAGAAACGGAGGUCCCAGGCUGCAAUUGGUGUUCUGAGGAAGACAGCCCCACGGGAGCACUCUUAUGUCCUCUCAGCAGCUAAGAAGACCACUAGCAGUCCUACCCAGGAACUGCAUUUGCCAUUCAUUGCAAAAAGGGUUGAUGUGGUAGAUGAGGAUGUGCUUCCUGCGAAAAUACUGGAACCACCUGCUCUGGCAAGACCCGAUCCUGACUUAAACAGCUUGACAACUGAGAAGAUUGUCCAUCUGCAGAUCACAACCCCUAGAGCAGGACUCAACCUGGUGGCCCCAGACCUGGAAGACCUGAGCCCCUCAGCUGAUUGUAAGACAAAUGUGGCCCCCAAGACCAUCGAGGCCUGGCAAGAGAUGCCUGCUGAUGCAAGAUGUGACCAAGGAGACCUACUUAUAGCUGCUCAACAUUCUGCAGAUCCCAGCACCCCAGACCUGCAGAGCAGCCCCAGCGCACCCAAUCAGCUCAUCAAACAUGAUGCUUGUGUCAGCAGUUCUCCAGAUGCUUUUGAGGAGAAAAAUGCAGCCCCCAAGAUCAUCAAGGCCUUACAGAAGGUACCUGGCACCCUACAAGAUGGACAAGGUGACCCAACUGUGGCUUUUCAACAACUUUCAGAUCUCAGCAUCCUAGAGGCACAGAGUAGCCCCAGUGGACCCGAGCAGCAGAUCAAAGUAGAAGACUGUACCAACAAGCAGAUGAGCCCUUCAAGCUGCAUGGUCACUGUUACUGUCUCUGACACCUCUGAACAGCCUCAAUUGUGUGUUCCUGGUGCCUCGCAUGAGGUGGACUCCAGCUCAGCUAUCAAAGGGAUUCUCUUCGUGAAGGAGUACAUGAAUACUAGUGAAUCAUCUUCUGGGAAGUCAAUGUUUUCACACUGUGACAGUGCCAGAAGCAUUGAGGACUCAUUGGAUCUGGCAAAGAAAAACACAUAUGAAGGCACUCCUUCUGAGAGACCAACUGAAGGGGUCUGUACUUACUGUAGUCGUGAGAUCCAAGAUUGUCCGAAGAUUACCCUUCAACAUCUUGGCAUCUGCUGCCAUGAAUAUUGUUUUAAGUGCGGGAUUUGCAAUAAACCGAUGGGUGAUCUUCUAGAUCAGAUCUUCAUUCACCGUGAUACUAUCCACUGUGGGAAAUGCUAUGAGAAACUCUUCUAGGCUGAACAGAAGCUCAUGAUCCCUAGCUGUAUUUGGCUGGCCAACUGACCCAAAUUGCUGGCUCCGUCUCUCUUUCAUCCUCCAUGGUUCCACUGUACUUCUGCCCACCUUGUACUGAAGUAGCAUUCAUCUAAGAUUGUAUCACAGUGAUGUUAUAAUUACUUUUGUGUAGCCUUUUAUACCUUAGGAAUAUCUCAGUUCAGGCUUGAAAUCCUUGCUUCCAGGAUGAAUGAGUCCUCUUUGACUUCCCUAAGACAUGUUGGCUUUCUAAUGAGUGCAGAUGACGUAGUAUGUUAGAUAUGGGUACAAGUCUAGGUAUUGACAUAUGCAGAAUUUCUGAGGCUUCUGAGGAGCCAAGCCAAAACACUGUUGACGAACCCUGGUAGGGAAAUUACAGGCAUUGAAUACUAAGAGUUGGCAAUAGGCUAAUGUUUAGCUCGUCUAUUUACUUUGUGUGUGUGUGUGUGUAUUUUUAAAUUUCUCAAUUAUUAAAAUAGUUAAUUGUUUUUGAUUGAAUCAUGUAGCAGAUUUAAAUUACCUCCUCCCAUUCUCCUUUGAGUUUUUCCAGUCAGGUAUGUCAGCACAUGUUGGAAAGUUUAUGCAGGUUUAAAUUUGAUAAAAUACAAUAUUAGGAGGCUUAUAACCAAAGGGAUAUCUGUGUCUGUUUGAAUUUUGAUAAUUGGUUAAAAUCUUUAUCCUAAGUAUUCCUGGACUUUUAUUCUCUGAACUGCUUUAAAGGUGUACAGAAAGCAGAUAAAGGCAAAGAAAACAGAUAAGGUUUCUUGAGACUUCACCACACAUCCUGCAUUACCGUGAAGUACUGGCUUUAAUCUCAUUAAUAAUCUCUAAAAUAUUCUCAUCUUCAUUUUAGAAAUGAAGAAAGUAAUACUCAGAAAAGUGGGGAAAACCUUGUAUAACCACUGUUCUGUCUCUCUCUCUGUCUCUGUCUUUCUGUCUCUCUGUCUCUCUCUCUCUCUCUGGAUCCUAUACUUUCUCCAAAAGUAAUAAUCAUAGUGGCAUUGACCAAGUGUUGAGUAUAUACCAGGAACUGUUUGAAGGGCCCCUAUUCGUACUGUGAAAUAUUUCCCUGAAGCGUAGUGUUAGAAAUGGUUUUGAAAAGUGUGAAAUUCAUCCCAUCUCUGGGUUUCUUGUGUCCCUCUUUGAAACACUACAGUAAUUUAAUUGCUCCCUUUCUAAACUCUCCUCCAGAGGCUUUCACCCAGGAACAAAUUUGGCUUAUGCAACUUCUGAAAGCAAAGCUUGCUAUCCAGUGAAACACGCAGAAGGCUCUCUGCACUGAUCACACAGCCUUUUGUGACUUGUUUUGUAGUUCUGAAUCUGUCUCAAACUAACAUCAACUUCUAGGUCCUCAGGUAUUCCAAACAGUACCAGUUGAUGUCUGGCACAGCAGAGGCAGGUUCAGCCCUGCAGUUUGCUAAUGUGCUGCUCUGAGUCAACCUCAUUCAGGGCUCAGCAUUAAAUUGGAAGCUCCUUGAAAGAAAAAAUAGCCCUCAAGACUUGGGGAUGCAAAAUGGAGGCCUCUUUGUUGGAUUUACUUAUAAGAUAGCUCUUUUUCUCCAGACUUUGAACCCUAAACACAUUUGAGUGGACUUGUUCUUCCUAUCAGGUAACCAGAGAAGAACAUUCUACUUAUUGGACUAUUUAUCUGUUACCUGUACUCUGAAUGGGAGGAAUAUACUGUGCCACAGUCCAAUACUAAUUAUGAACUAGUCUCUCUCAAGUUCAGCACUAGGAUGGAACUUAGAAAAUGGGGGAUAAUAACAAAUGUGUGCCAAAUGAAUUAGUAAGAGAAAAUGAAGUCACUCCCUUAGUUACCUGGCAUUUCAGUGCAGUCCUCAUUGACUGAGUAAGAGGCUCCAGAUCUGAUGGAUUCCCCACCUUCAAGGUGUAUUCUGCUGUUCAAGUUUUAGAAAUAUGGAAUAUACUCAAAGUCAGCUUAUAAAGUUAGUACUGAUUUGAAUCCAAACAGCCCUUUUGUGUCUUAGACACAACUCUGUAGUUAACAGAGGGAUGGUUCUGCAUUGAGUUACUUCUUUUUAAUUGCUUAGUGUUUUUAAUUAUACUUGCUUAAUCCACAUUAAU